AUCAUCACCUGAGAUGAGCAUGAGUACGCAGGGUCCCGGCCACGAACGGUCGGCACUCAUCCUCUAUGGCACAGAGACUGGUAAUGCGCAGGAGGUGGCUGAAGAAUUGGGCGCCUUGACAGAACGGCUUCGUUUCGCGACGCAUGUUUCCGAGUUGAAUCAGUCAAAGCCCGAGGCACUUCUCUCGUACACGCUGAUCAUCUUCGUGGUGUCGACAACCGGACAAGGUGACCUGCCAGCUAAUGCACGGACAUUCUGGAAAUCGCUUCUACUCAAAAAACUCCCGCCGACAUACCUGAAUGGGGUCAAUUUUGCGACAUUUGGCUUGGGGGAUAGUUCAUAUCCAAAGUAUGUUUCAGUCAGAAUGAAUGCCCCGGUUUCAGCGGAAGGAGAUGCUGAUAACAAUCAGGUUCAAUUGGGCAGCUCGGAAGCUCUACAAGCGAUUGCUACAACUAGGAGCCAAUGA